CAAAAUAUAAACUUACUUGCACCUGUUGUAGAUCCAUCAUCCACACAAUGUGGAAUCGAAGACACGAGAGCUUAUAUUUUAAGUAUGAAAGGUGAGAUAGAAGAUAUUCUCAAAGAAGAUGCUGACUUCAUAUUUGAAGAUGAGUUUAAAUUUUCCACCAUUGGUCAACUAUUAUCUGUGUAUACAGAAGGAGUUGAGGAAAUAGCUGCAAUUCUGACCGUCAAGAGUUGUAAAACUGCCGAAGAAGAAAUAUCGUCAUACAAAAAUGAGUUUUUCAGUACGUAUUUUUUAGUAAUUUUGGAACGCGGAUGCCCUAGACUUCCACCAAACAUCGGUUCAUCCAUCCCGUUUUUAAGAAACAAGAACGACGUGAUUCCAUUCUUAGUGGACGCCAGGAGCGACAACAGACUGCUUGACAAGUGGAAUGACAUUGUUGUAUUACAAGAUGGCAGUCUAGAUUUGAAUACAGUGCAAGAGAUUGUUUAUACGCUGCAAACAACAGGAAUAAAUAAACGAUCCACAUCUUUUACAAUUUAUGAUCUCUGCCAAGAAGAAAACUGUGAAGACAUGGCUACAGUUAUAAAAGAAUGCCUCACUCCGCACGCAAUAUCAGAGUUUCCUAGAUACUUCUUAGUAAUUUCCAGGGGGAAAUCGUUCAAGAAAAUCGUAGAACAAGCAAAAAAACUACAAAUGAUGGAUGAAAACAGGAAAUGGCUCUUUGUUACCAAUUCACCGCCGAAUGAUUCUGAUCUAAUAUCUGCAGCCAGCAUUUUACCUUCCGAAGCAAAUGUUGCUAUAGUUUACCCAAACCAAAACUUAAAUCAGUACUUUUUUAUGCAGGAAAAUCCUGGUUGCCAAGUUCCAGUCGUGCUCAAAGCUUAUGCAAAAAGUAUAAAAGAAUUGAUCAAAAACGAGACAUAUUUCACAAAUUCAUCGGAAAAUAAUUCUUUUAUUAAGGCUAAAAUCUAUCAGCUUAUGCAAAACUACAUGGAUAAAGAACAAUCAUGUGGAGGCUGCUUGGAACUGAUAAUAAAAACAACCGCUUAUUUAGUUCCAAAUAAAAUGUCUGCUGAAAGUCUAGAAGAUUAUGAAACUGUAGGAACAUGGCGACUUUUCAGGGGCCUUAGAAUGAACGGAGCACUAUAUCCGUUAACGACAGGAAAUUUCCGAGGGAGGAAACUUAAGCUUGGGAUAACAGAUGGUGCUCCUUGUGCUGUGAUAAAGAAAAAGAAAGAAGGAGUUGGCUUUGAUUAUAGUGGACUUGUCGUUGAUUUUGUUCGAGCUGUAUCAAAAGAAAUGAAUUUUACGUUUGAGUUUGUCUCUCCACCUGAUAGCCAGUCCGGAAAAAAACUUCCGAAUGGCGAAUGGACUGGGAUGAUUGGACAAGUUGUUAAGCGAGAAGUCGAGUUUGCAGCUCAAUGCUUUUUCAUGACCCCUGAAAGAAUAAAAGCUGUCAAUUUCACAAAAGCUGUCGAUGAAUUAUCAUACGCACUUCUAAUGAAAAGGCCUGAGCAAGAGCAUAAAUAUCUUUUCCUUGCACCAUUUACAUCCUAUACAUGGAUCUGUGUAUUCAUAACUGUUGCACUUAUUGGACCCAUUUUGUAUUUAGUACAUCGUGCAAGCUCGUAUUACGAGCACUACGAUAUGGUAAAUGACAAAGGUUUGUUCAGACUAACCAAUUGUGCAUGGUAUGGUUUUGGCGCAAUAGUGCAACAAGGUGGUGUGCAUCUACCCGAUGCAAUAUCUGGUCGAAUAUUAGUUGCAUUCUGGUGGUUAUUUGUAAUCGUUACAGUAGCAACAUACAGUGGAAAUUUAGUAGCUGUUCUUACUUUCCCUAAGAUUAGAAAUCCAAUAAACAACUUUGAAGAUUUGCUUGCAAAUAAAGGAAAACUUAAAUGGGGUGUAUUUGACGGAGAAGCUCUUAUUGAGCAACUUAAAGGUUCCACAUCACAAACAUUCCUAGAUAUUAGCAGAGGCAUGGGCGUUUAUGAUCCGAAUCGAAAGACCUCGCUCUUAAAAGAAGUAGAAAAGGGCGAAUUGGUGUUGAUUGCAUCCAAAUAUGAACUCUUAGAAGUCAUUGGAGAUUCGUAUAAUAAAACCGGAAAAUGCAAGUUUACUCUUGCAUCCGAGGAAGCAUACUCUGAAAGUGUAUCACUAGCAGUGCCUCGAAACUGGCCGUAUCUAUCAACUAUGAACGCCGAGCUUGAAAAGCUUUUUGAAACUGGACUUUUCAUAAAGUGGAAACACGACUCUCUACCACCAGAUAAUGAUUGCACUGUGUCUUCGAAACCUCAAGCUGGAGACACAAGAAAGAUCAAUCUAUCCCAAAUGGUCGGAUCUUUCUAUAUUUUGAUGUUUGGAUUGUCUGGUGCUUUAGGAGCCCUUCUCGUAGAAUACGCUUAUUUAGCGACAAGAAACAAGGGACAUCUUCACGAUGAAUUUCAAGGAAUUAAAUGCAAAUUUCUGAGCUUCAUGUUUCCUUCACUUGGUUCAGAUUCUUCUCAAAAACACAUCAGUCAGAAAAAAUUUCUACAGUCAAGAAUGUACCCUGCAUUGAAAAGUAAAGAGCAACUAAAAUCUAAACGACGAACUAAGAAGCAAUCUAAGUCAAAAACUCUUCAUGAGAAAGAUAAUAAAGGUUACAUAAAAGAUGAAUGGGACAACCAGCGUAACGUGGCUCUUGCUGAACAUUUUAUGAGAUUUGAUGAGUACGGUCGAAGAGAUAUAUACACAAAUUAUGACGAAAAUAACCUUAGAUCCACAUAUGGAGAGAGGAUGGAACCGAAUUCUUAUGCAAUUAAACGUAGUUUUGAUAAUCCAGCUUAUGGAAGACAAUUCAUCGAAAACAUAACGAAUAAUUUAGGUUAUAAUUCUGAAAAAUCGGAAGAUCAUUCACUUAACUCUGAUGGUGAACAAAGAAAUUUGAAUUCUGGAGAAAAGGAUGAUGAACCGUAUUUUUCUUAUAGAGGUGAUGGCGAUUACCGUAAAUAUUAA